AUGCUGGCUAGCCUGCAGAAGGCUCUCAUGGGCAAUGGCCCUGGCCUGCAGAAGGCCAUCAUGAUGUGCCUUUUGAUGACGGUGCUCGCAGUCGUCGACUGGCCUUUGGCCGAGAUCUGGGGUGUGCCGGAGGAGGACUGGCACGGCAGGUGGUGGAGGCAGCACCUUCCCACCGGUGCCUGGCUCCAGACGGGCCCGCACGGGUGGUUGCCUGAGCCGGUCUUCAGCAAUGGCUGGGAUCAGGCCAUGUGGCAACAUGGCCAAUAUGUGGGACCCUGGCCCUCGCCAGCAGAUGGCAGUGGGACUUCACCCUGGCCUGCACAAGGCCCCAGUGGGAGUUGUCCCUUGCCUGCACAAGGCACCAGCUGCAGCAGUGGCAGCGGCAGCUCAGGCAGUAGGGGUCCGGACGGGCAGGCGGACCUCAAGCAGGCAAAGACGGAGCCCGACGAUGGAGAUGCUCAUGAGGAAGACUCUGGCCUGCAGAAGGCCUUGGAGAUCUUGGGCCAGCUGCUUCCAAGAUGCAGCCGGUUUGACGCGAGAGGGUUUAGAUCCCAAGUCAGGCGGAACCUGCGGCGCUUUUUGGAACGAGAAGGAAUUCCGCUUCCGCCCUGGUUGUUUUCCGGCGAACCCGGCAGGGUGGCACAAUUUGCCCGCUGGGCAAAACAAGUUCGGCAUGAGGUCGAAUUUCGCCGCCGGCAAGGAUUCACUCUCGAUGAAGGGCCGGGCAUCAGCAACAGCAGCAGCAGCAGCUCCAGCAGCAGCUCCAGCGAGAGCAGCCGGCCGGACGACGGCCCGAGGCCAAGUGGCAGCAGUGCAGGCCCCAGGCCAGCUGCCCGGCCUGCAGAAGGCCAAACUGCCGAGGAGUCCAACAGCAGCAGUCUCAUGGACACGGUCGAUCCAAGGGAGACACAGAGCGAUCCUGGCCCAAGGCUGGCCUCGCCUGAAGAAGGCGAUACGAAGGCCGAAUCCUCUGAUGAGGAAAAGAAGCCUGACGUUGUUGAUGAUGGGGCUGCUCCCGUUUCGGUCAGCUUGCCUGCAGAAGGCACAGGUGCUGCAAGCAGCUUGCCUGCAGAAGGCACAGGUGCUGCAAGCAGCUUGCCUGCAGGAGACAUUUCUGGCCACGACACGUUGAGUAUCGCAUAUGUCGCAAUCUGCGAUGUCUGUGAACACCUCGGGACGAUGGCCGGUGGCUCCAAGAUGAAAAAACCUGCUGCCCAGGAGAAGGCCUUGCCUGAGCAAGGCAACGGGAAGAAGCCUGAGCAAGGCAAUGCCGGCAACGGCGGCUCGCUUGCAGAAGGCGCACUAGUGAAGGCCGAGCCCAAAAGCCCAGCCAAGGCUCCCCCGGUGAAGAUGGAGUUGGUGAGCCCGAAGAAAGGGGCUAGCCCGAAAAGGGCUGCCACGGCUGCCGCCAAGGCUCACCCGAAAAUCGGGCAGUCCGAAGCGAAGAAGAUGAACCAGCAACUGAAGGCUUUGGCCAAGGCCGGCAAGACGGCCCUGCCUGACACUUUUGCUAAGUGCAAAAGCCAGGCAGAGAAGAGACAGUUUUUUUACGAGGUGUAUCUGCUGGAUCCCGAAAUUUCUGAGAGGAGGGUCGCGAAGACAGACGUGCAAGCAGAGGAGGACAGAGACGACACCCAGAAGGGCUGGUUCACAGACGACGAGAUCGCCGGCUUCAAGGGGAUUUUCCCUCACUCGAGUGACUACUCUAGCCUGAAGAAGGCUUGUGUUCAGGACUUGCUCGAGAGAGAGCAUGAGGAUGAGAACUUAGCCAAGUUGGGAAUCAAGCAGUACUACUUCGAGCACUGCAAGACUUUCAGCAGCAGCUCCAAGAAAAGAGAGCUUCAGCUGGAGGAGAACGUUGGGGACGUGGGCCAGGAGGAUUUUGAGGAAAUCCGCAAGAAGCUCAAGGGUGCGGCCACCCAGAAGAUGAUUAGCAAAGGCCAGUCCGGUAGGUUGCCUGGAGAAGGCAAGGACAAGGAAGCCGAGGUUCGCAUCGACCAUGAGCAGAACUACAAGGACCAGCGAAAGAAGCUCACUGGCCAGCUCACCCAAGUGAGCACAGAACUGGCAACUGUGGAGCUGCUCAAGGUCUCGCUUGACCACAAGAAGCACAAGAUGGCAACCGUGGUGCUGGCACAGGUGGCAGAGUUGGAGUCGAAGCUCUAUUCCUGCAAAAAGGAAGUGAUGGACAGCCAGCACAUGUUCCCCAAGCAGCCCGAAAAGGAUCACGAAGAGUUGGCCAGCAAGCUGGCGGCAGUCGUGGCAAGCAUCUCUGAGAAGUUGAAGCCUCUGAAAAGGGAGCUCUCAUCGCACAAGAAGUGGGAUGAAGAGAAUGCCUGA